AUGACAGUGAAUUUAAAGUCGUCACUGGUGAUCACCUACUCGUUGUGGAAUGCAAAAAAGCGAAAAGACUGUUGUUCAGAUGGCGGGUUAUUACUAUGCUCACUAUGCAAUCAAAGUAGUAUACUGGUGACUGACACUAAACGAUGCUGUCAUGUGAUAGGAUAUAUUAUAAUAAUUGGUCUACCAUUGAUCGAGAUCAUCAUAAAUAUUGUCUUUUUCAAGUCGUCGCAUUAUAUCACAGUGGAUCAUGAGGAGUUCUCUGAUGUAUCGUGUAAUCUCAUCCCAAAUUAUGGACAUUUCUAUGUAUUUUUUCCACUAUUAUUUAUUUUAUUAUUACUACAACUAGUGUGUAUACUGGCUAUCAUAAAACUACUUCAUGUUAGAAAGCGUCAAAGACGUGGUAAUGAUGAUUCCGGUGUCGGUGGUGGUGGUAGUUCAACCCCUUCUGAAGACGAUCAUAACACCGGCGGUGCCGCCGACACCAAUGAUAGCAGUGACGAUGAGGAUAAUCUCUCCUUGUUAUGGAAAACCACAAACAUUAGUGCUAGAUUUUGGAUAACUGUAAAAUUCACUAUCACGCAUACACUAGUCUGGAUUAUUGCAUUUCUAGCAUUGAUACAGGCAUCAAUAGCCUUAUGGCAUGUUUUCACAUUGUUGAACAGUCUUCAGGCUAUAUAUAUUACUGUCAAUUGCACAUUCACACGACCUGUAUUAGAUUUGAUUUAUCAAUGGAGAGAAGAGAAGCUUGAUUAUUAUAAACAUGAGCACAGUCUAUAUAGUGUCAAUCAUUUAAUGAAUACAAGCGGUCAAAAUGAAAGUAAAAGGAUACGAAAGUAA